AUGGCAUCCUCCUCGUCGUCUCCGCCCGCCGCGGCGUACGAGCGCGAGCUCCUCGUCGCGCAGCUCGCCGUCCAGCGCGCCGCCGUCCUCACCCGCCGCGUCUUCCACGAAAAGGCAAAGGGCACCGUCGACAAGUCGGACAAGAGCCCCGUCACCGUCGGCGACUUUGGCGCCCAGGCCCUCAUUAUCGCCGCCCUGCGCCACAACUUCCCCGCCGACGCCAUCAUCGCCGAGGAGGAGUCCGCCCAGCUGCGCGCCGACCCCGCCCUGCGCGACACCAUCUGGGCCCUCGUCCGCGACACCCGCCUCGGCGCCAAUGAUGCCGAUGCCGAUGUUGUCGAGCGAGACGUCCUUGGCGGACCCAUCCCGGACGUGGACGCCAUGCUCGACCUCAUCGACCGCGGCGGCAGCCAGGGCGGCGCCGCCGCCGGCAGUCGCGUCUGGGCCAUCGACCCCAUCGACGGCACAAAGGGCUUCCUCCGCGGCGGCCAGUACGCCGUCUGCCUCGCCCUCAUCGUCGACGGCGACGUCAAGGUCGGCGUCCUCGGCUGCCCCAACCUGCCCGUCGACGACGACGCCCGCCUCACCACCGACAUUGGCGCCGCCAACCAGACCGACGACGCCGCCGCCGGCCGCGGCGUGCUCUUCUCCGCCGUCCAGGGCCGCGGCGCGACCUCACGCCCCCUUGCCGCCCAGCCGCGGUCAUCCGCCGCCGCCGCCGCCGACAAGCCCAUCUCCAUGCGGCCCAUCCACGACCUCGCCGCCGCCACCUUUUGCGAGAGCGUCGAGGCCGGCCACUCGGCCCACGACGACCAGGCCCUCAUCUCGCGCCGCCUCGGCAUCACCCACCCCAGCGUCCGCAUGGACAGCCAGGCAAAGUACGGCUCCAUCGCCCGCGGCGCCGGCGACAUCUACCUGCGCCUGCCCGUCAAGGCCUCGUACCAGGAGAAGAUUUGGGACCACGCCGCCGGCGACCUCAUCGUCCGCGAGGCCGGCGGCCAGGUCACCGACAUCCACGGCAAGAGGCUCGACUUUGGCGUCGGCCGCACCCUCGCCAACAACAAGGGCGUCGUCGCCGCGCCCGCUGCCGUCCACGCGACGGUCCUCGACGCUGUCCAGGAGGUGCUCAAGAUUAAGCAGUAG